ACUUAGAGGUUGUGACAUGACUGUAGUUUUAAAGCUCCUCUCUCUCUCUCUCUGUGUGUGUGACCCUGGCACAGUCAAGCCGCCUUGGUCACACCCUUCUCCAGCUCUCUCCACCUCCUCCUCCACUCCUGCCCGCCAUGUUCUGGAGGAGGAGGAGGAGGUGGAGGAGUGGAGGAGGAGGAGGAGGAGAUACGUGUAGCCUGGGUUUAGCUUCGGCUUUAGCAUUAGCAACACAUAGCUCGGCGGAGGCGCAACAAGCAAACCCUCCUCCUGAACACCGAGAUAAGUGCUACAUCUUGAUUUCCACCCACCGCCCCUCUCUCCUUUUUGGGAAUCGGUUUGAAGUUGUUUGAGGGUUUAUAUCCCUGGAUUUUUAAAAAAGCUGAAGGAGCUGACGUAGCCCUGCAGAUAUGGUGAUGGCGUGGUCAUGUGUGCAGCCAGCACUGUGUGUGUGGAGAUGGUUUUAACAGGCCUGGAGAAGCCUCAUAAACAAACACACUUACACACACACAGGUACACACACGCGCACCGCUGUACACCAAGAAGAUUCACAAACACACACGCCACCGCCGUGCCUUGAGAGAGGACACAGGCGCACGGACAUAAAACACACACAUUUACACCCACGGUGUGUGUGUGCUCUCUUAAACAAACGUUAUCGGCGUCCUUGCUGCUCUCCAGCGUGAGAGUGUACAUUGUAUUUUCUUCCCGUCUGUCCUGUCUCCGCCGCCACCAUGCCAAGCUCGACCAUCCGCCGGCAGAUGAAGAACAUGGUGAACAACUACUCUGACGCCGAGAAAAAAGUCAGAGAGGCCACCUCCAACGACCCCUGGGGCCCGUCGUCUUCCCUCAUGUCGGAGAUCGCCGACCUCACCUACAACGUGGUGGCCUUCAGCGAGAUCAUGAGCAUGAUCUGGAAGCGGCUCAACGACCACGGCAAGAACUGGCGCCACGUCUACAAGGCGCUCACCCUGCUCGACUACCUGAUCAAGACGGGCUCGGAGCGAGUGGCCCUGCAGUGCAAAGAGAACAUCUUCGCCAUCCAGACCCUGAAGGACUUCCAGUACAUCGACAGAGACGGCAAAGACCAGGGCAUCAACGUCAGGGAGAAGAGCAAACAGCUGGUGGUCCUACUGAAAGACGAGGACCGCCUCAAAGGAGAGAGGUCUCAAGCUUUGAAGACCAAAGAGCGUAUGGCUCAGGUGUCCACAGGGAGCAGUCAGAUGGGUUUUGGCAGAGGCUCAUCUCAGCCCAACCUCUCGACUUCCUACAGCGAAGAGUAUGGCAGGUCAGAGGGCUCACCUGCCUCUUACCACGGCUCCACGUCUCCCAACGCGGGCUCAGAGCUGGAGCAGGCCAGACCUCAGACCAGCGGCGAGGAGGAACUACAGCUGCAGCUGGCUCUGGCCAUGAGCAGAGAGGCUGCAGAGCAGGAGGAGCGCAUACGCAGAGGAGAUGACCUGAGACUACAGAUGGCCUUGGAGGAGAGUAAGAAAGGAGGCCCAGACUCGGUAAAACUCCCCAAGAAGAAGAAAGAGCCACAGUCGUCUUUGAUGGAUCUGAUGGUCGUCCCAGAGCCCGGUGCCAGUGCUGACCCCUGGGGCGCAGGGGCCGGGGCAGCUGCUGCAUCAGAAGACCCCUGGCAGCCUUAUGGCUCUGCUCCUAAGCCAGCAGCCCCAGUCGACCCAUGGGGCGCUUCUUCUGUCCCACCCAUGAAGAGCAGCGACCCCUGGGCAUCAAACGCCGCUCCCGCCUCCGAUCCCUGGAGCUCCGCAGCUGCCCGCCCUAAGACUUCCAAUGCAGGUAGCUUUGACCUGUUCAAUGCAUCCAACGGUACGUCCAAAGAGGACUUCUCAGAGUUUGACAGCCUGCGCUCUUCCUCCUCUGUCCCCACUGGUGACGGGGGCGUAGCAUCUUCUAUCCCCUCCCAAGCCAGUCUCGCCAGCAGCAGCAGCCUGGACCUCUUCGACCCUCUCCCCACCUCCAUAUCUACUUCGAUAAACCCAACUCGAAAGACCCCGGAGUCCUUCCUGGGUCCCAACGCUGCCCUGGUCAAUCUGGACUCUCUGGUGUCCAAACCAGCUCAGCCGGCGCCAGUCGUCAACCCGUUCUUGGCUUCAGCAGCCUCUGCAGGCUCUGCUCCAGCAGCCCACGCCAACCCCUUCCAAGUGAGCCAGCCAGCGCCUCCCACCCUCAACCAGAUGCGGGUCAGCCCGAUGCCCGCAGGCUUCAUGGCCGAGCCCAUGGCCCUCGCCUCCGUGCCCGCUCAGCCCAUCACCAUGGUCCCCCUGGCAGGCAUGGCCCCCAUGGGCCGCGUGAUGCCCGGGAUGGGGGUAGGCGUGGGGGCGAACGCGGGGAUGAGUGCGGGGAUCCCGGCUUCCAUGUCCAUGCCCCAGCCCCUGAUGAGCAUGCCACCCCAGGCCGGCGCACAGCCCACCGGAACCACCAACCCCUUCCUUUUGUGAGAAAGAAGGGGGGACGACUUGCCCCAGAGUAACCUCCCCCUCUCCCCUCUCACUCUCUCUCACUCUCUCGCUCUCUUCCACUUUGGCUCCUGAAGCUUCAAAAUGAACAAGGAGGCGUCUUAUCCCAUUUAUCCUUUUUUUUUUUUAUAACCAACUCCGAGCCAGGUCGUAGUCCCAGCCUGGCCUCCUCCUACCUUUAACACACUCCUUCCUCCUCCUCUCAGUGCUACAAGCUGCCUAGUCCUGUGUGUUCCAUACUGAUCUGACGAUGAGGCUGAUGACCACAACGAGUUUGCAUCUUUCUACAGACUUACAGAGUAGCAGCGGUGUUUACAGUUUUUUCCACAGAGGCAGUCUGUCCUCCUCCUCCUCCUCUCAUACGCUCGCCUCCUCUCCCUUACUUUUUUCCUUUUAGGAUUGCUCCUUUUUUUUCUUCUUCUGUGGUGGAGUGACCGGAGAGUCUGACUGUACUAAUGCCAGGAUCUUUAUCUCUUCACUAGAGCUAAUCUUUUAUAAGCCCUGUCAGCUGGUGUGAGUGCACAUCUCAGUACUUUUACACUGUGUAUAUUCCAGUGGGUUUUACUGACACACACUGGAGUACGGAUGAGAGAUGGACAGAUGUGUUUAUACUCUUGUGUGUGUGAGUGCGUGUGUGUGUGUGUGCGUGUGUGUUACUAAGCAGGGAUUUUGCACAAUUUUUUUUCUCUGUUAUUAUUUUUUUUCUUCUUCCCUUUCCGCGACUGUUGGGUUCACCGUUACACCUUAGCUAAGGGAGGGAGGCCCGCCGCGUCACGUCACACACACACACUGCCGCGGCUCUCGGUACACAACUCUCGUCUGGUCACUUCCUGUUAACUCUUUUUUUGUUUGUUUCCUGGCCCUCCACAUGAACUUUGACCUCCACGGGAUAAAGAACAAUGAACUCUUCUUGAAAGGAGAUGAACCCCUCGCUGUGAAGGGGUUGAAAAGAUAAACGCUGUUUUUGUUUUUGUUUUUGUGUGUGUGUGUGUGUGUGUGUGUGUGUGUGUGUGUGUGUGUGUGUGUGUGUGUGUGUGUGUGUGCGCGCGCUCACACGCAGGUGUACUGUUAACGCUCGUGUACUAACAGCCACAUGUCGAUGUAUUUGUCACUGAGUCUCUCCCCCCAGUGUGUGUUUGGAGAAAAAAGACAUGAACUGUGAUGGCAUCAGUAUUUUGCUAUCUGAACAUAUGGAUGCAGUGAUGCAUUGUGGGACUGUUUUCUUUUUUUUUCUUUUUGUUUAGUUUGUUUCAAGGGUCAAAGGGAAGAGGGGUGGGUUGUGUGUGUGAGUGUGUGAGAGAGUGUGUGUGGACACAUUUAGCUUCCAAGUGUACUUUAAUGAGCGUUUCUCAGUAAAGUGGAAGUGACUUAGAACUCGCUUAUGUUAGUUUCUGAAGUCGAAACGGGGAUAAAGUAGACGUCUGCAGCCUUAAGAGAGAAUGUGUGUGUGUGUGUGUGUGCAAGCAACCUAAUAUCAAGUGUUACUAUGGUGACGGGUCGUGAAAGAAAGCAAACUAUGAGUUUAAAGAGCACGUCAGCCGCUUGGCACCGUGAAGAGUUUACCUCCCCGAGUGGAUUUACUGCGGCUAAUCUAAGUACAAGAACAUUACCUGGUAGACACACACACACACACACACACACACACUCAUGAGGGGUUAUUCCAGGAUUGGCCUAUUCAUAGCACAGGGAAAUCCCGCAGCAAACGACGGUGAGACAUGUUCAUGUAAACAAGCAGUUGUUGAUUUUUUUGUUGUUAUUUACUCGUUAGAUGUAAAUCCAUAGCCGAGCCUUUCAGAGUUCUGGAGCUGUGUACUAGCAUGUAUCAUCUUCAUCCUCUCUCUGUUUUCUCUCAUUCUAGUUUUUUUUUUUUCACCCUAUGGGUAGGCGAUGUAAUUCUCUUCUCUUAGAAGCACAACUGUUACCAAAGUCAUAGCGACUGUGAUUUCUGAGGAUGUCAUACUUUGAGUAGUUUGAAACAGUAGGGUCACACUUCACUGACGUUUUUUUUUUUUUGUUAGAGGAUACUCACGAUACCGGAGACUCCGUUGUUAUAAUUUUUAAAAAAUAUUUCAGAGCUAUAUGUGCAGGAGUUUGUGUAAGAAAGUGUUACUGUCGGCUGAACGCCGGCACAUUGUACCGACAGCGAGCUGAGCGCAUGGUCGAUGUCGCGCACAGACCCUUCUUCUCUUUAGGUCACUGUAAUCCCUUCUCUUCAGUUCGGUUUAUCACUGCCAAUGUUAUUACUGUGGAGGGGGUGUUUUUCUUUUUCUUUUCUUUUUUCCUUUUGGUGUGAGUUGGUGCCCUCUCCUGGUCUGCUGUGGUAUGAUAGCUACACCGCAGGACCCUCGUUACUCCCACUAGACGCAGACCUUCAUUUCUCUCAGGCAAAAGGAGGAGCAGCUCCGACCCGUGUGUAUGACUUUUGGUGACGACGCUGAGGGUGAUGAUGAUGAUGAUGAUGAUGGUGAUUUGGUCCUGAAUGAAUGGAUGUGACACUUGCAGAGACCAGCAAACAUUUUUAAUCUCUAAACUAAAUAUAUGCAAAAAUUGGAGUUGGAAAAAGUAAAGAUAAGAAGAUUUAAUGCUAAUGUGUUUUUUUGUUUUUUGGUUUGGUUUAAAGCUACUCUGAUAUUCUAGCUGAGACAUGUCACUUUCUCACUGGCCUUGAUUUCACUGCGGCCUGACCUUUUAACUUCACUCCAGCGAUUGGGGGAGAAAAGGUUCUUUUAUCGACGCAUUGACAGAGAGAGAGAGAGACAAACAAACUUGUGUUGAACAAAGUCAGCACUCCCGAACAGUCGGAUCACACUGCAUUUGAACUCUCUCUCUCUUGAUCCCUGGCAGCAGUUUCACAGUCGUGGGCUAUGGUGCAGUGAAAAUGUGGCCUGUGUGUAGCGAGCUCCUCUGCGUGUUACUAUGUAUUCACUCUGCUUUUAUCAAGAGGACUAACUGACCUUACGGACUGUCUGUCUUUAUAUGCAUAAACAGCCUCCUUUUAAUCUUUUCCAUGUCUGUCUAUUUACCCUUCUCAUAGUACUGGGAGCAGGCUGCUUUUUUUUAUUGGAUACGUGCUCAACCUGUUGGCAUUAUAACUGUAUAAUAUAAUUUAUCAUUUGUACUAUUGUAACAUACUGUUCCUCUGUAUACCUUAUUAUUCUGUGUAAUGGGUUUUUGUAGGAAAAGUCACCGUGGUAUUUUAACGGCAUCUAAACAAACGAACGCAGCAGGCCGCACCCUGUUGGAUGAGGACAACUGUAGCUGCAUUGGUUCAAAAUAAAAUGUGUAUCACUUCAGCUCUGUAA